UCCACGCUGGUUUUCGGUGCAGCGACUGUGAAACUUGCAUCAGCCGGUAACUCAGUUGUUUGAAGGAGUGGACGCAACAUUAUGGACAGAAACUACUAAUUAGGCUGCAUGUUAGAGACGUUUGAAAGCAGGAACAAGCAGUGGACUCUGUUAUCUGUGGUCAGCAGCAUCCAGGUGUUUCGGUGUGACCAAAGUGCAAGGUCUCGUCUCAGCGCAGAUAUGAGCUGUGAGCGGCUCUGACACGGCUCUUCACUUCACCUCCUCACAUCACCUGCAUUAGCCUUUUACACGGCUAGUUUGUAUAAGACAAUUUUACUCUGCAACUAAGAUGUCGAGUCUUUUAUUGGGAGCCAUCCGGAGACAGGGUGGUGUUGGGGCAGGUGUCAGGAUUCGGUCACUGGCCUCAAUCCCCUCGCUGCCCCCAGCAGUGACUGAGUUUGUGAAGGGAGCCAUGGAGGAGUGUAAGCCCGCUGGUGUACAUGUGGUCACGGGAACGCCAGAGGAAACAGCCAACAUCCUGGCAGGUCUGGAGAAGGAAGGGAUGGUCAAGAAGCUUCCCAAAUAUGACAACUGUUGGUUGGCACGUACAGAUCCAAAAGACGUGGCUCGGGUGGAGAGCAAGACCGUGAUUGUGACCAAGACCCAGAGGGACACCAUUCCCAUCCCUACUGGUGGGGUGCAGAGCCAGCUGGGAAGCUGGAUGUGUGAGUCAGACUGGCAUAAAGCCAGAGAGGAGCGUUUCCCUGGCUGCAUGGCAGGUCGGACCAUGUACGUGAUUCCCUUCAGUAUGGGUCCUGUAGGCUCCAGUCUGAGUAAAUAUGGCGUCCAGGUGACAGACUCCCCGUACGUCGUGGCCAGUAUGGGCAUCAUGACGCGUAUGGGGACACCUGUCUUGAAGAAACUGGCUGAAGGAGCAGAGUUUGUCCGCUGUCAGCACUCUUUGGGACGACCUUUACCUCUCAGAGCCCCUCUGCUCAACUCAUGGCCCUGUAACCCAGACAAGGUGCUGAUAUCUCACCUGCCGGACAGUAGGCAGAUCCUGUCCUUUGGCAGUGGCUAUGGAGGAAAUUCUCUCCUUGGGAAAAAGUGCUUCGCCCUCCGCAUUGCCUCCCGCAUUGCCAAGGACGAGGGCUGGCUGGCAGAGCACAUGCUUAUCCUGGGUAUCACCAACCCUCAGGGAGUGAAGCGUUACAUAGCAGCGGCAUUCCCCAGUGCCUGUGGUAAAACCAACUUGGCCAUGAUGAAACCAGCUUUGCCAGGAUGGAAAGUUGAGUGUGUGGGAGACGACAUAGCAUGGAUGAAGUUUGACAGCCAAGGUAAACUGAGGGCCAUCAACCCAGAGAAUGGUUUCUUCGGUGUAGCUCCAGGUACCUCAGACAAGACCAACCCAUAUGCCAUGGCCACCAUUGCCAAAAACACCAUGUUCACUAAUGUUGGUGAGACCAGCGAUGGGGGAGUGUGGUGGGAAGGACUUGACCCACCUCAAGUCGGCAUCACACUCACAGACUGGCAUGGCAAAACUUGGAAGCAAGGAAGCUUGACACCUUGUGCCCACCCCAACUCCCGUUUCUGUGCCCCAGCGGCUCAGUGUCCCAUCAUUGACCCCCAGUGGGAGAGUGAGGAAGGGGUUCCCAUUGACGCCAUAAUCUUUGGUGGCAGGAGGCCAGAAGGAGUCCCUCUGGUCUACGAGUCUUUCAACUGGCAGCACGGGGUCUUUGUUGGAGCUGCAAUGAGGUCUGAGGCCACAGCAGCUGCUGAGCAUAAGGGCAAGGUGAUUAUGCAUGACCCCUUCGCCAUGCGGCCAUUCUUCGGCUACAACUUUGGCGACUACCUUGCUCACUGGCUGAGCAUGGAGAGCCGAAAGGCUCCCACUCAUCUGCCCAAGAUCUUCCAUGUCAACUGGUUCAGAAAGGAUGCCACCACCGGCGCCUUCCUCUGGCCUGGCUUUGGUGAAAACGCACGCGUGCUGGAGUGGAUCUUCAAGCGUUGCAGCCGGGAGAGGCAGGAUGAGGCAGCCAAGAAGAGCAUUAUUGGCUGGCUGCCAGAAGAUGGCGCCAUUGAUACUAAAGGCUUGAGUGGCAAGGUGGAUAUGGGUGCCUUGUUUGAUGUGCCCAAGCCUUUCUGGCAGAGGGAGACCAAAGAGUUGAGAGCCUACUUCACUCAGCAAGUUGGAGUUGACCUGCCAGCUCAGGUGGAGGCUGAGCUGAAGGCACUUGAGGACAGAGUACACAUGUAAAUCCCUAGUGAACCCACAACCAAGGCAGUAGUCCCUGAUGUCACAGGAUCAGAUCAUUGGGUGGAAUCAGAGUCACUGACUGGGUUUAUAUACACAGAGAAUAAAGUUUUGAACUAGGUUAGCUAAGUUAUCCUGUUUUGGUUUGAUGCAUAUAAACAAAAAUUGAGUUUGGAUUAACUGCUUGAGAUGCUUGGUUGAGACAUUACUGUGGCAUAGAAACAUCCCGUCUCUUUUUUUUUUUUUUCAACACAGGAUAUACAGAAUAGUGAAAUGCCAAAAAAAAAAACAUGGCAGGGGCUAGUAAAAAAUUAUUUAAUGGAACCACAUUGUCCUACCUCUUUAACGGCAGAUUAUUGAGAUUACAGGUUUGUUGGUGCAUAAAAACACAGUUAGUGACUCUUGACUUUCUCUCUUGUCAUGUAGGUCAGUUAGGUUUGAACUGUCAGAGAUGGAAUUGGGGGAGAAGUUAACCUACAAUGCAAUUGCUACCUGUUGGACACUACUUCACACUAAUGCUGCAACAGUGGCAGGCUGUUGCUGGGUUGGUGAUAGCAGGGAGAUUUGACUCAACGUGAAGGGUAGAUUUCUGUGAAAUUAUCAGACUUAAGAGAGAGAAGCUAAUGUCACUCUCUCCAUUCACUCAAAAAAUCUGUUAUGGUACUGGAGCACAAUCAUCAUGGCCUAGUAGUGCCUUUAAGACAUUUAACAGUACAGUCCAGGCUGCUAAUGUUUAUAAGCUGAAGCACAAAGAUCUUUCUGACAAUGACUAGUUUUUUAAUACACUCUGGACUGCCUUGAAAGGCCCUUUAUUUUAAAUUGAGCUCGAUAUUAUGAUAUAACCUUUGUUAGAAGUCCAUUAACUACUCCAAAACGUAGCAGAUUUCAACUGGGCCUGAGGAUUACUUUGCAUCAUUCAUCUUGCCACUUUUGUAAUGUUUGAUUAAAGUUUUUGAUUACAGGUGAUGUUUACACACAAUAUGUGAAAUUUUGGACCAAUAAAUGCAACUCAGAUCAUUAGGCAUUUAUAGUUGUAUGACCAGCUUUUUAUUACAUUACAAUACAAUAAAUAAAUACUUUAAAAUGCCUCGUUCAUUUUUCAGUGACAGAAAAUAAAUAUAUAUGUCAGAUAUGAAAUAUGUGAUACACAAUAGAUCGGCAAAUAAGAUUAACACGUUACAAAAUAAAGAAAAAAUAAAAGUCACAAAAUUGAAUGACAAACAUUUCAAAAUUAAAUAUAUUCUUUUACUACA